AUGCUCCCGCUUCGGCGCCUGCCGUCGCUGCCGCUGCCGCACGGCUCCACGCGCCGCCGCCUCCUGGCCACCGGGGCCUCCGCCGCCUCACCGCUCCCAUGGCCAGGCCUGCACGCCUGGCGCCGGGCCCCUCCCAGCGAGCUCCGCACGUGGGGCCCGAACGGCCCCUGCGUUCCGGACGCGGCCACGGCGGACCAACCAGAAGCCGGCGCCGUCGCCGUCGCCGGCUCGUCCUUGGCCGAGAUGGGCGCCCUCGUGCUGUCCACCGCCGACCCCCUCGCCAAGACGCAGCUCACCCACGCCGCCUUCUCCCAGUGGGCGUCCGGCGGGCUCCCCGUGGGCCUGGCCCGGGCCCCCGACCACCCCGCCAGGCCGGACAAGCCCCUCGUGGUGACGCGCAAGGAGAUCCCCACGCACAAGGCGAUGGGCGUGCCGCUGAACGCGUACAUGCUGCACAACCUGGCGCACGUGGAGCUCAACGCGAUCGACCUUGCUUGGGACACCGUGGUGCGUUUCUCGCCGCUGCGUGACACCCUGGGAGAUGGCUUCUUCACGGAUUUCGCACGCGUUGCUGAUGACGAGAGCCGGCAUUUCCGGUGGUAUUCGCAGCGCCUGGCAGAGCUUGGGUUCAGAUAUGGCGAUAUGCCCGUUCACAAUCUUCUGUGGAACGAGUGCGCGAAAUCCUCAAGUGAUGUUUCUGCGCGGAUGGCAGUGAUACCUCUAGUACAGGAAGCUAGAGGCCUUGACGCUGGACCAAGACUAGUCCAAAAGUUACUGGGUUUUGCGGAUCAUAGAUCUGCAGAAAUUGUGUCAAAAGUAGCAGAAGAAGAGCUUGCGCAUGUUUCUGUAGGUUUAUAUUGGUUCCUGAAAGUAUGCCAAAUGAUGGGUCGUGUCCCCGGUGCUACUUUUAGAGAUUUAAUAGAGGAGUAUGGUAUUGUGGUGAAGGGUCCAUUUAACUAUCUGUCUCGAGAUGAAGCUGGUAUACCUCGAGAAUGGUAUGAUGAGAAGCUUAAACAUGAAGCUGCAAGUCAACUUUCAGAGGUGCACGAUAGGCUAGCUAUUGUUGUAGAGAUGGAGAAAGAGAAUGCAGGUUGAAUGGCUAAGUCUCACCUUCUGAAUGCAUGAGUUGCUUGGUAUGUACUACACUGGUAUUCUAGCACACUGAAACUCUUCAAACUGUUUUCAUUCAAUGG